AUGCCGCUGAUUUUCGAAGUCAGGGCGGAUGCCACUCCACGCAAACAGCACGAAGCGAUGGCUCUUUCGGUGCGGAUGUGCCCGGGCCGGCGGCGACGUGGGACUCCGCCGCAGGAAAUCAAGCGUGCCCACACUAGGACCUCCCACCCCCCAGCUCCCUCUAAGACCCCGUGCUCCUUCUACGACCCCGAGCUCCCCCUCUCCGCCACGCUUCCCUUACGGACCCCAUGCUCCCCCUCUCCGCUACGCUCUCCUAAUGGAUCCCUUGCUCCCCUAAGACCCCGUGCUUCCUCUAAGACCCCAUGCUCCCCCUUCUCCGCCACGCCCCCUAAUGGACCCCGUGCUCCCCCUCCGUCACGUUUCCCUAAUAGACCCUACGCUCCCCUUCUGGUGGAGCCCAUUAGCUCCCUCAGAACCCGCAUGUCCCCCUCUCCGCCACGCUCCCUAAUGGACCCAUAA